GGGCUUGCGGUGUUGGACAAAAAGAAGACAGGAGCGGCAGUGCUUGUGUCUAGUGCUGGGCAUUUUCAGACACUGGAAAUAUUUUAUUUACUUAUUCUCUUUAGAAUUAAUACAACCCCAUAAUCAAACCAUAGCCGUGGGGUGCAGGACGGACUAAAGAGUCAAUCAUGAUCACGUCCGCCGCGGGGAUUAUUUCACUCCUUGAUGAAGAGGAACCACAGCUCAAGGAGUUUGCGCUGCAUAAGCUCGAUUCCAUCGUGAAUGACUUCUGGGCUGAAAUUUCAGGAUCUGUAGACAAAAUUGAGGUCUUGUAUGAGGAUGAAGCCUUUCGUAGUCGACAGUUUGCUGCCCUGGUGGCCUCUAAGGUUUUCUAUCACCUUGGAGCUUUUGAGGAAUCCCUCAACUAUGCUCUUGGUGCUGGAGACCUCUUCAACGUCACAGAUGACUCGGAGUAUGUGGAGACCAUCAUUGCCAAAUGCAUUGACCAUUACACCAAGCUCCGGGUAGAGAAUGCUGAACUGCCAGAGGAUGAGGAGAAGAAAAGCAUUGACCCCCGUCUCGAGGGCAUUGUCAAUAAGAUGUUCCUGCGUUGCCUUGACGACCACAAGUACAAGCAGGCCAUUGGCAUUGCCCUAGAAACCAGACGUCUGGACAUGUUUGAGAAAACCAUCUUAGAAUCGAAUGAUGUGAGCGGCCUCCUUGCCUACAGCCUGAAAGUGUGCAUGUCACUGAUGCAGAAUAAGAAGUUCCGGAAUGACGUACUGCGUGUGCUUGUCAAACUUUACAUGAAUUUGGAAAAGCCUGAUUUCAUUAAUGUGUGUCAGUGCUUGAUCUUCCUCGAUGACCCCCAAGCUGUGAGUGACAUCCUGGAGAAACUGGUGAAGGAGGACAACUUACUGAUGGCCUAUCAGAUCUGCUUUGACCUAUAUGAGAGCGCCAGCCAGCAGUUCCUGUCCUCAGUCAUUCAGAACCUCAGGACAGUUGGAACACCUAUCCCUGCAGUUCCUGGAUCCACGAACACAGGAACUGUGCCAACACCAGACAAAGACAGUGAUGCAAUGGAGACAGAUGACAAGGCUGGCAGCUCCCCUGCAGGAAAACCAGUAGAAUCUAAAGAUGAGCCAAAAGACCAGAAUGCCAAGAUGAUCAAAAUCCUGAGUGGUGAGAUGGCCAUUGAGCUGCACCUGCAGUUUUUAAUUCGAAAUAACAACACAGACCUGAUGAUCCUCAAAAACACAAAGGAUGCAGUUCGAAAUUCGGUGUGCCACACUGCCACAGUUAUAGCCAACUCUUUCAUGCACACUGGCACUACGAGUGACCAAUUCCUUCGAGAAAACUUGGAAUGGCUAGCAAGAGCCACCAACUGGGCAAAGUUCACAGCCACAGCAAGUCUUGGUGUCAUCCACAAGGGUCACGAGAAAGAGGCGCUUCAGCUAAUGGCCACCUAUUUGCCGAAAGACACCUCUCCUGGCUCCGCCUACCAGGAGGGAGGGGGCCUGUACGCACUGGGACUCAUCCAUGCCAACCACGGAGGGGACAUCAUUGACUACUUGCUCAGUCAACUCAAGAAUGCUAGCAAUGAUAUUGUUCGUCAUGGUGGUGCCCUUGGCCUUGGUUUGGCUGCACUGGGAACAGCCCGACAGGACGUUUAUGACCUACUUAAGUCUAACCUGUACCAGGAUGAUGCUGUCACUGGUGAAGCUGCUGGGUUGGCCCUGGGCCUUGUUAUGCUGGGCUCAAAGUCAGCCCAGGCCAUCGAAGACAUGGUAGGCUACGCUCAGGAGACGCAGCACGAGAAGAUUUUGCGUGGCCUGGCAGUGGGAAUCGCCUUGGUCAUGUACGGACGCAUGGAAGAGGCCGAUGCCCUCAUUGAAAGCCUUUGCAGAGACAAGGACCCCAUCCUCCGGCGCUCUGGUAUGUACACAGUGGGCAUGGCUUACUGUGGCUCCGGCAACAACAAGGCCAUCCGACGUCUGCUCCACGUCGCAGUGAGUGAUGUAAACGAUGAUGUCAGAAGAGCCGCCGUUGAGUCCAUUGGCUUCAUCCUGUUCAGGACUCCAGAGCAGUGUCCAAGUGUGGUGUCUCUUCUGUCUGAAAGCUACAACCCUCACGUUCGCUGUGGUGCUGCCAUGGCUCUGGGCAUCUGCUGCGCUGGGACGGGCAACAAGGAGGCCAUCAACCUGCUGGAGCCCAUGACCAAUGACCCAGUGAACUACGUUAGACAGGGAGCCCUCAUCGCCUCCGCCCUCAUCAUGAUCCAGCAAACUGAAGUCACCUGUCCAAAGGUGAACCAGUUCCGACAGCUUUAUGCCAAGGUGAUCAACGAUAAGCACGAUGACGUCAUGGCCAAAUUUGGCGCCAUCCUUGCACAGGGAGUCCUCGAUGCAGGUGGACGCAAUGUGACCAUCUCUCUGCAGUCCAGGACGGGUCACACUCACAUGCCAUCAGUCGUAGGCCUGCUGGUCUUCACUCAGUUCUGGUUCUGGUUUCCCCUCUCCCACUUCCUUUCAUUGGCAUUCACUCCAACUGCUAUAAUUGGACUCAACAAGGACCUUAAGAUGCCCAAAGUGCAGUAUCGGUCCAACUGUAAGCCCUCCACCUUCGCCUACCCACCAGCUCUGGAGGUUCCCAAAGAAAAAGAGAAGGAAAAGGUAUCCACGGCUGUUCUGUCCAUCACAGCUAAAGCCAAGAAGAAAGAGAAGGAGAAGAAGGAAAAAGAGGAGGAGAAGAUGGAAGUGGAGGUCCAGGAAGGAGAGAAGGAGAAGAAAGAUGAAGAAAAGGAGAAGGAAAAGAAGAAGGAGUCAGAACCCAACUUCCAGCUCCUGGAGAACCCGGCCAGAGUCAUGCCGGCUCAGCUCAAAGUCCUGAUCAUGCCUGAAACCUGCCGCUACCAGCCCUUCAAACCGCUCCACACAGGUGGGAUCAUCAUCAUGAAGGACACCAGUGAGGAGGAGGAGGAGCUGGUGGAGCCCGUCUCAGCCCACGGCCCAAAGAUCGAGGAGGAAGAGCAGGAACCGGAGCCGCCGGAGCCCUUCGAGUACAUCGACGAGUAGAAGCACUCCGAAACAGAAGGCUUCAGCUGAUCUGGAACGGCAGCAUGUUGUUGGGCUUCGGCCGGUGUGUGUUCAUGUCCUCCACCUGUUUCCACCUGUUCUGGCUCCUCUGUUCACCACACAGGAGGCUUUUACAUUCUUUAACUGUAUCAUUUUUUGUCCGUACAAUAAAAAGGAUAUAUAUUGGA